AUGUGGUCUAUUCUAACCGGUUUGCUUGCGCUGCCUCUCUUGGCCGUCAUUUCCAUCCCGCUCAUUCUGUCUGCAUGGGUAACGAUAUCAUUCGCGCUGUUCGCGCUGGUACUGCGACUUUCGGUUGUUUCUGUUGAGCUGGUGUAUGGAAUAUUCUUGCAUUUUCUCUCCGUGCCUACUUCAUCGACGUCUUCGCUGUUGACAUUUGCAGCUUCGGAGCCUACGACCCCGGCAGAUGGUAGAUCCAGACGCAACUCCGGAUAUGGAGUGCAGCCUCGCAAGAAUAAUAAUGCUCUUUCAUCGUGGACCAUUGGCACGAGCCUGGAAGACCCGGAGAAUAGGAGAAGAAACUCCUACGCCCGUAGCAUGGUCGAGGCUCACAACCUAUCUCCGUCAGCCCCAUUUGGAUUCCCUGUCUGUGGAGAUGAAGGACGGGACUUUGAAGGCGUAGGUGGCUGGCGCUCCUUCAUACCCUCAAAGGCUCGCAGUACCCACUCGCUGUAUGAGAAAGGUGCAAGCAAAGCUGCAAGUCCGGCAUCAUCCUCUUCAACCCAUAGCCGAAGCGGCGAGACAGAUCCAGAUGCAGAUAUCGACGCAGACGAGCGUGCUUGGUUGUCUCUAAAUAAUCGCCUUGAACUUCCUUCUCAGCUUGUCACUCUAGGAGCUAGUGGCUAUCCUGCAACCACACUGAAUAGUCCCACGCAUUUCGACGACUUCCGCAACGGCCAUCAUCAUUUCCGGACCUUUUCACCAGAUGGAACCUCGCACAAUCCCCAGUUCGAUGGACAUCAAAACGGACAUAAAAACCAUCACCGCUCCUUAACGACAUCUUCACUUACCACAUCUGAUCGUCGCACUGGCACGGGUCUUUCCCUGGCAUUGUCGACAAGACCUGAUAACACCGCUCCCCAUUCCAGAGAGUAUGGCUAUGGCAUGUCUUCGUCAACGCCACGCCUUUCAGCACCCUUCGUGACACCACAGCCAUACGCACCAUUCAGUACGCAUUCACGAACUCCAUCUCGUGGCUUGCCGACAAACGGUGCACCAUAUACCAGCUCAUACCUCUCCAGCUUUGUGGAUGGGAGCCACAGUUUUGGGAGUAAUAGCAGUGGCGGGAGUGGGGGUGGUUACUUUUCUUUGAGACGACCGAGUUCCUCUGGGAAUCAUACACUCUCGCCCAAUGCUAGUGGAUAUACUACUCCCGGUGUUGGAGUGUCAACUGAUGAGCGUGAUACGUCAUUGGGAUUUGCUCGCUUGAUGGCGCAUUAUCCUACCAGUCCGAGGCAUCGAAGGCAGAGUGUCUCGGGCUCGAAUUCGAGGGCCGUGGGGUCUGGGUGA